UGUUACUCAGCGGAGGGGCCGAGGCCGGACGACGCGGCCCGGAGUGCGGAGCCGCGAGCAGCGCUGGGUAACGGCAACGGCGACCGCCAAGACGGCGCCGGUUCCCGCCGCCGGGCUUUCCUGUCGCCAUUCGUUGCGUUGCCGGCUUCUUGGUGAAUUUUUGGAUGAAGCCAUUAAAUUAAUUGCUUGCCACCAUGAGCAGAAGCAAGCGUGACAGCAAUUUUUAUAGUGUAGAGAUUGGAGAUUCUACAUUCACAGUCCUGAAACGGUAUCAGAAUUUGAAACCUAUAGGUUCAGGAGCCCAAGGAAUAGUAUGUGCAGCUUAUGAUGCCAUUCUUGAAAGAAAUGUUGCAAUCAAGAAGCUAAGCCGGCCAUUUCAGAAUCAAACUCAUGCUAAGCGUGCUUACAGAGAGCUAGUUCUUAUGAAAUGUGUAAAUCACAAAAAUAUAAUUGGCCUUUUGAAUGUUUUUACACCACAGAAAUCCCUAGAAGAAUUUCAAGAUGUUUACAUAGUCAUGGAGCUCAUGGAUGCAAAUCUUUGUCAAGUGAUUCAGAUGGAACUAGAUCAUGAAAGAAUGUCCUACCUUCUCUAUCAGAUGCUGUGUGGAAUCAAGCACCUUCAUUCUGCUGGAAUUAUUCAUCGGGACUUAAAGCCCAGUAAUAUAGUAGUAAAAUCAGACUGCACUUUGAAGAUUCUUGACUUUGGACUGGCCAGGACUGCAGGAACUAGUUUUAUGAUGACACCUUACGUAGUGACUCGCUACUACAGAGCACCUGAGGUCAUCCUAGGGAUGGGCUACAAAGAAAACGUGGAUUUAUGGUCUGUGGGGUGCAUUAUGGGAGAAAUGGUUUGCCACAAAAUCCUCUUUCCAGGAAGGGACUAUAUUGAUCAGUGGAAUAAAGUUAUUGAACAGCUUGGAACACCAUGUCCUGAAUUCAUGAAGAAACUACAACCAACAGUAAGGACUUAUGUUGAAAACAGACCUAAAUAUGCUGGAUAUAGCUUUGAGAAACUCUUCCCUGAUGUACUUUUCCCAGCUGACUCGGAACACAACAAACUUAAAGCCAGUCAGGCAAGGGAUUUGUUAUCCAAAAUGCUGGUAAUUGAUGCAUCUAAAAGGAUUUCUGUAGAUGAAGCUCUCCAGCACCCAUAUAUCAAUGUCUGGUAUGAUCCUUCUGAAGCAGAAGCUCCACCACCAAAGAUACCUGACAAGCAGUUAGAUGAAAGGGAGCACACAAUAGAAGAGUGGAAAGAAUUGAUAUACAAAGAAGUUAUGGACUUGGAGGAGAGAACCAAGAAUGGAGUUAUACGGGGGCAACCCUCUCCUUUAGGUGCAGCAGUGAUCAAUGGCUCUCAGCAUCCAUCGUCAUCAUCGUCUGUCAAUGAUGUGUCUUCAAUGUCAACAGAUCCGACUUUGGCCUCGGAUACAGACAGCAGUCUAGAAGCAUCAGCUGGACCUCUGGGCUGCUGUAGAUGACUACUUGGGCCUUCUGGGGGUGG